GUUUCAGCCAUGUCAAGGGACCCAGAUUUAAAUGUUCAAAGUACAAGCUAAUGGCUUCAAGCUCUCCUAAAAGAAGUUCCCUUCCUCAGCUAAAAGAAAAGGUCCCGCUGAGUUUGAGAUGAGGACUUGCAUUCUGGAAAAGGUGGUUUGUCCCUGUGAAGGGGAGGUAUCUGUUUUCCAAUCUGGAAGCAGAUGGUCCAGCAUAAAGAGAGGCCAAGACUUCAGAAUCCUCACACUCAUUUCUGUCCACCCGUUGUGUCAGUAUCCAAAGGUCACUAUCUGCCUUCUCAGCCCAAGGAGAGUAGCAGUGGCCAGAACCAUCACCAGGAGGAGAUAAUCCACAAGUUGGCCCUGCAGUUGAGAAACAUCGGGGACAGCAUUGAUUGUGGGAUGGUUCAAGAGAAUGACUUUUCCCACCUUCAUUUCCAAUCCCAGGACAGUGAACGAAGGAACACAGACCUACACUUUGAAAAGUCAACACAAAUCUGCAAACCCAAGUUCUCACAGGAGCUAAAGGUUCAGGACCAGGAUGACAGAAAGGGGAGGCUGACAGCAAGGAACCAAAGGAACAUGUCAUGUGCAUGGGAGCUGACCCACUUCUCUACCGUUGGAAGCAAGCCAUACCUGACAGGAGGGAGUCCCACCUGCACCUGGUCCAUCUGUUUGCUGCCCUUGAGCAGAGCGGAGGAUGGGCUGAGCUGGGUGUGGCUGUCGGAGGGAGAUGGCCAGCUGGCCACAGAUGUUACCUGCCAAGCACAUAUAGGCCCAUCUCCUGGUCCUCAGCUAAGAUGA